AUGAUGCUGGCCAAUGUGGCUGCGGCGACGUCGGAGGCGUCGUCUUCGAGCGAUUUCGUCUUGGAUGGAGCGACUACAUACUGCUGGGAAGUCGAUACGUCCAUAUAUUCCAACACGGUGGAUGGGUCAUCGGUAAAAAUGGUCAGUGCGCAGGGCGACGGCUGCCCGCUAAAGCUAUCUAUCGCAUUCCCCACGGACGACGUGUACGUAUACGAUUCGGUAGACAUAUCAUGGAACGCCACGGAGCGCCUUACGUCGAGUGGCCCCAUAGAGACAAAUACCUUUGGUGUGACCGAUUUGGCGGCUGGACUCGACCGCAUCUCGCAGAACUACUUUGAGAUCACCGCUUCGCGUCUACGGACUUGUUUAUACGGCGUGGACUGCAACCCUGUGACGACGGGAUCACAGCUGACCGAGAACACGACUAAUAUUCCGCUUAACUUUACAGACGGACUAGCGACGUUCGACUCGUCGGAGCUGUCGUUUAACCAACCAGGAAACUACACCUUACUGGCGCACUUGAUUUUACCCAGCAACACCCCAACCGCCAAACGAUACGACUACGCUGUCUUUCUCAACGUUCAGGUCCUUUCGCGGGAAAGAGCCACAGUAGCGGAUACCACCGCCACUCCGUACGCCGCGUCAACGGGGGAUUCGGGCAGCUCAGGCGUAUCAACUGAAGUCAUCUGCGUGCUUGUCAUCAGUGGCAUUGUGGUCGUAGCUCUGGCAGUCAUCGGCUUUGUGACGCUGCGAUCCAAAAUUGACCGCAACCCCGAGGCUACUGCUAACAAACGCAACAACUCCAAGAAGGGCCGUGGUAUGUUCGGCUUUUCAAGCACAGGAAUGAAUUCCGCAGGCGGCGUGGCGGUUGUGAGCGACGAUGACGCCGAGGAGUUUGCCAUGCUCAGCAUGCAUGAAGAAACUAUGCGCCAGAAGCGCGGCAGCACCUACCUCAGUGCGCUUAAUCGUGGGCGCCGCAGCUCAACCGCAGCCCAAAAGAAGAGCGGCAGUCCUAUCCAGUUCGCUGGACCAAUUUGCAGCCAAAGCUUGGAUCGCAAGGGUGUCAUGGUGGAUGAUGACAGCUUUCACGCUGGAGACAUUACGCCGCAAAGCGUUACCAUCGAAACGCCAGGAACUGGCCGGGGCAACUACACGGGUCUUGAUAACACACCAAAGGUUUUCGCACCCAAGCUUUCUCCGUACGAUCAGACCAGUGCCCCACCCGGUCAGAUUAUGUUUAAUGACAUCAUGGAAGACGAGGUGGACUCCACGGGACCGCGAUCAGGUGGCAUCGUCGCCGCAACUCAUCGACCUAACUUGGCGGACAGCACUAUGUCCGAUGUGACUGAUCUUAACCUCACCGCUGUGUCUGAGCGUAUCAAGCAACACCGCGAUAACGUGGAGCAGGAGGCGGCUACGCAUGUCAAGCAAGACGUGCUAACUGCAGAUGACCUCCGUGAGUCCGAGACGAAGGGCCCGAUGGCGCUGAGCGACCUCCUCUCUUCCCGAGUGCGGUAA